GUGAUUGUUUCAAGAUAUUUGACGCAUAAUCUACUUUCUAAAAUUGUUUUCAUAAUAUAUAAUAUAAUGGAUAACAUAUUUCUUACCUAUAAAAAAAUAGAAAGAACAUGAAGUGAUAGCACUGCAGUGUUGAUCUUCUUUAUGGCGGGAUUCGAUUUCUUUUCUGGCGAGAUAAGCUUUGUGCAUAAGCAAGUUUAUCCAAAAAAGGACCAAAACACAAUAUGUCUCUACACAACUCCUAUCUUUGUAAUUAUUCCUUAGACAAGAGUAGAAGCAAGAAAAAUGGAACUUUCCAUCCUCCUCUUCUGCAUAUCACUAAUUUUCUGCUGGUUCUUCAUCAAACUAAUUUUCAAUUUCAAAUCCAGCAUGAAGCUACCACCUGGUCCUGCUGGUCUCCCAAUAAUCGGCUCAAUCCUCGAGCUAGGCUCAAGACCCAACCGAUCACUAGCCGAGCUAUCCAAAAUCCAUGGUCCUCUCAUGACUCUAAAACUCGGCUCGAUCACCACGAUCAUAGCCUCCUCCCCAGAAUCAGCCAAAGAAAUCCUCCAGAAACACGACAAAACAUUCUCGGCUCGCACAGUUCCUGAUGCAGUCGAAUCCCAACCAAAUAGGGAAGCCACGUUGGCAUGGGUCCCACCUGACAACAUGUGGAGAAACGAGAGAAGGAUAUGCAACACCCAAAUGUUCACUAACCAAAGGCUCGAUUCGGUUCAAGAACUACGUCACCAAAUGGCUGAACGGCUUGUGAACCACAUAAGGAAACAGUGUGAGAGUGGCUCGGCUGUUGACGUAGGACGCGUUGCUUUCGCGACGACGCUGAAUUUAAUGUCCCGCACAAUUUUCUCCAUUGAUAUGGUGGACCAAGAAUUCGAGAAGGCUCAAGAGUUUAAGGAUCUGGUUUGGAGGAUCAUGGAGGGCACUGGGAAACCUAACUUGUCUGAUUAUUUUCCGGUGCUAAAGUGGUUAGAUUUGCAAGGAGUGAGACGUCGUACAAGGCCAGCAUAUUUAAGGUUGCAUGAGAUAUUUGAAGAACAAAUUGGGAAGAGACUUGAAGAUAGACGUAACUCAGGGAUGAAUAAGGAAGAGAUGGAUUUCUUGGAUGUACUUCUUGAUCAAUGUGAAGAUGAAAGGUCUGGAUUUGGUCGCAAUACUAUCAAGCCUCUUAUCGUGGAUUUGUUCAUUGCCGGAAGUGAUACAUCCGCAGCAACAACAGAAUGGGCGAUGGCAGAACUCCUUCGAAACCCUCAAGAACUCAACAAAGUACGACAAGAAAUUAUUGAACAAAUAGGCAUAGAAAGGCCAGUGAAAGAAUCAGAUAUCAACAAACUCCCAUACCUUCAAGCAGUUGUAAAAGAAACCUUGAGACUUCAUCCAGCAGUUCCAUUACUCUUACCACGCAAAGCGCUAAACAACACAGAAAUAUUCGGUUACACCGUGCCCAAGGACAGUCAAGUUCUCGUUAACGCUUGGGCUAUUGGAAGAGACUCGAAGUCUUGGGUAAGGCCAUUAGAGUUUCUGCCUGAAAGAUUCAUCGAAUCUAGCGUGGAUUACAAAGGCAGGGACUUUGAGUAUAUACCGUUUGGCGCAGGGCGGAGAAUUUGUCCAGGAAUGCCACUGGCUAUAAGGUUGGUGAAUUUAAUGUUGGCUUCUAUUAUCCAACCAUUUAAUUGGAAGUUACCAAAAGGGAUGACACCAGAGAAUUUGGAUAUGGAGGAACAGUUUGGAGUUACCUUGAGGAAGGCUAUUCCUCUUGUUGCAGUUCCUAGCUAGUGUGGAGGAAAAGUAAGAUCAUAAGAGUAUGUUAUAUAACUUUAAUAAUGGGAUUGUCCCUGUGUGAGCAAUCAGAUUGUGGAGUCAUAUAUUUAUGUAACGAGUAUAGUGUACGUCGUCUCUUAACCCAUAUAUCUAUAAUUUAUAUUUAUAUCUAUAAUCUACAUCUACAAUUUAUAAUCUA